AUAUUUAUUCUUUUAAAUGAAAUGCGUAUCGGGUUGUAUACGCUUGAUUUUGACUCGUUAGCAUAGUUCUUGUGUUGUGCUAACCUCCAAGCUAGCGCUAGUGAUGGAUAUUAGUUUGAUUUAAAGAGUUCCAUUCGAUACCGCUCGGUUACGGUUAUGGCGCCCCGUUUGCAGCUGGAGAAGGCUGCCUGGCGGUGGGUGGAGACCGUGAAGCCGGAGGACAUCGGCCGGGAACACGUAGAGUUAUCUUAUCGUGUGAAUGUGCCCGCCUGCAGAAGAGGGACGUGCAGGAGGAAUUGUAAAGGUAACCCUAAUUGCCUUGUGGGUAUCGGAGAACAGGCCUGGUUGGGAGAGAUCGAUGAAAAUGCUUUCCACAACAUCGAUGACCCUAAUUCAGAGCGUCGAGACAAGAACACAUUUGUGGGCCUGACAAACCUUGGAGCAACUUGUUAUGUUAACACAUUCCUGCAAGUAUGGUUCCACAACCUAGAGCUGCGCAGGAGCCUCUACCUGUGCCAAAACCCUCGCGCCCAGGACCACAACAUCCAACUAGAUUACGAACCUGAGUCCAUUUGCGAACAUCUCCAAUAUCUAUUUGCACUACUGCAAAACAGCAACCGAAGAUACAUUGACCCAUCGGGGCUGGUGAAAGCACUGGGGCUGGAUACGGGGCAACAACAGGAUGCCCAGGAGUUCUCCAAACUGUUCCUGUCCCUGUUGGAAGAUACCUUAUCCAAACAGAAGAGCACCACUCUCCAGAACAUCAUUCAGCGCCAGUUCUGCGGCCAGUUCUCCUAUGUUACUGUUUGUAACCAGUGUGGCCGAGCAUCACCCCUUCCGUCCAGAUUCUACGAGCUGGAGCUCAACAUCCAAGGCCACAAGAACCUCAAUGAGUGUAUCACAGAGUUCCUCAAGGAAGAGAAGCUGGACGGAGAUAACCGCUACUUCUGCGAGAGCUGCCAGAACAAGCAGUGUGCCACGAGGCGCAUCAAGCUGCACAGCCUGCCGCGCACCCUCAACCUGCAGCUGAUGCGCUUCGUCUUCGACAGGACAACGGGCCACAAGAAGAAGCUCAACACCUUCAUCAGUUUCCCUGAGCAGCUGGACAUGGGGCCGUUCCUGGAGACCCCGCAAGACCAGCAGUGUGUGUACGAGCUGAGUGCUGUGCUGAUCCACCGGGGCGUGAGCGCCUACUCGGGCCACUACAUCGCCCAUGUGAAGGACGCCCGCACCAGCGACUGGUACAAGUUCAACGACGAGGAGAUCGAGAAGAUGGAGGGCAAGAAGCUGCAGCUGGGCAUUGAGGAGGACAUCGCGGAGACGGUGAAAUCCCAAACAAGGAAGCCCAAAUGCAGCAAAGGCUACCACUGCUCCAGGAACGCCUACAUGCUGGUGUACAAGGUCCAAGAGGAGGAGAGCACGGACCCCACCGCAAACGACGUUCAAGUGCCUGGCUUUCUACAGCGGCUGGUGGACCAGGACAACCACAAGUUUGAGGAGUGGUGUACGGAGAUGGCGGAAAUGCGGAGGCAGAGCGUGGACAAGGGCAAAGCCAAGCACGAGGAGGUCAAGGAGCUCUAUGAGCUUCUGCCUGUGCAAGACGGCCAGCCGUACGAGUUUGUCCCCCUGGAGUGGCUGAAGAAGUGGCUGGACGACUCCACUGCCACCAAAGAGAUGGACAACUCCCUCUUUCUGUGCUCGCACGGCAAGCUGCACCCGGACAAGGUGGGGGAGGCCAAGCGUGUGUCCAUGGCUGCUGCCCACAUCCUGUACCAGCGCUACGGGGGCGGGCCCCGGCUGGACGGGUCGUCCCUGUGCAGGGAGUGUGUGAGCCAGCGCUGCAGGGUUCUACGACUGAAGAACCAGCUCAAUGAGGACUACAGAGAGGUCACCAACCUGGUGAAACGCACACUUGGCAGCGGUGAGGAGGGCUACUGGGUUGGCAAGUCAUCUCUGCGCAGCUGGAGACAGCUGGCCAUGGAGCAGCUGGAGGAAGAUGAGCAGGAAACCAUGCAUGGCAGUGGACAGACCAACGGACAGGCAGCACACAGCCGGAUUAAUAAAGAGUACGGCCCCCAUCUUCCAGAAGACUCAGAGGAAGCCAUGAAGACCUUUAAUGAAGACAUCCUCUGCACACACGGGGGUCUGAGUAUCCUGGAGACGGAGAGGAGACUUGUGCCCUCGGCGGUGUGGAUCAAGGUCCGGGCCUAUUUCCCCAAAGCCCCAGAGUUCACCCAACGCCAACUGCCCUGUGGCCAGUGCCUGACCCUGGAGCAGGAGGAGAAGGAUAACGAGGCUGUCAGCAAGAUGAUGGCCCAAGACCAGAAGAACCAGCUGCUGAACCUCUUCCAGGAGAAGAACCGGCCUCUGCUCACCAAGUGGCCUCAGGGCACAGAUACUCUCUUCAUAGUGCCAAUGUUUUUUGUGGACGAGUGGAAGAAAUUCAUCAGGAGGCCCACCAAGUCAUCCCCAGUGUCCAGUGUGGGCAACAGCCUACUCCUCUGUCCCCACGGCGGCUUCAUGUUCACCUACGAGUCCCUGAUCAACGGGGACUUUCAACAUGUAGCUUUGCUCUGGCCUAGCGAAUGGGAGGUCAUCAGCAAACUGUUCAUAGUGGACCAGGCGAUCUCCCUCCACUGUUCUGGCCCGGAGACGGCGACGGGCACCACACCGCAGUACACCACACAGCCGGAGCUCUGCUGGGAGUGUCGAGAGGGCUUCAUCUUCCAGCAGCAGAGGGACCUGAGGGAGUACACACAGGCCACCAUCUACGUCCGCAAGGUGAUCGAGGACAAGGCGGUCGUAAAGGAGGCCGCUCCCGAGCUCAACGCCAGCAGUUCAGAGGCGGAGCCAGAGGAGGAGAAGGAGGAGCUCCCCAAGGCCGACGGAGAGGGAGAGAGUGACUUCAGCCAGAGUGAGGACGGAGCGAAGCGAGCCAAGAUGAGUGACGGCAGCGCCGCCACGCUCAGCACGGGGGCCAUGAUCAUGGGGCGCUCGGGGAGCAUCCGGAGGAGCACGCGGCACAGGAAGCUCCGGGGAGAGAAGGCCCUCAUCGUCUCAGCCAGCCAGACCCUCAAGGAGCUCAAAAUACAGAUCAUGCACGCGUUCUCUGUGGCACCGUUUGACCAGAAUCUCUCCAUUGAGGGAAAGGGUCUCACUGACGAUUCAGCCUCUCUGGGCAGCCUGGGAGUCAUCCCCGAGAGCAUCGUCUGUCUCAAGGCUGAUGAGCCCAUAGCAGAUUAUGCAGCCAUGGAUGAUGUUUAUCAGGUGGGGAUGCCUGAAGAAGGAUUUAAAGGCACUGGGCUGCUGGGCCACUGAGGGGAACCGACGCUUUGCUCCAAGCAGAAAUUGAACGAAAAUCAAAAAGCUUGAACUUGUCAAGUGUCCAUACACAAGUGCUUUAAUUUGUUCUAACGAUUAUUUUUUUUAAGUUUAGGUAGGUUCUUGUAUAUAAAUAUAUACAUGCAUACAUAUAUAUAUGUAUGCAUGUAUAUAUUUAUAUAUAAACUGUGACUGUGUUGCAAACCCACUGUUUUUCUGUAUAUUCAAAAAGAUUGCUGGCUUUUGAUAUUUAAAGAACCUAUAACAUUUUUAUUUAAAGACCGUGUUAGGUUUUCAAGGACUUUGUGAUAGUGGUUUUUGACCUUAUUAAUAGAAACGGGUUGAAGAAGAUAACAUUUAUCUUCUAGUCAGGAGCUUGGCGCCGUAGUUCUGUCUCUUUUGAGAAUAGGUUGGUCUUAGACACCCGUUUUUUAUUUUAUUUUUAUUGUAAUAUGACAAAUGUAAUUACAAUAUUAUUUUAGAUUUGUGCUAUUGAAUAAGCAAGUGCUCCAAGUGGCAGUUUCACUCCUGUUACUGCUGAUUCUUCCAACCAUGUUUAAUAAAAUGCACGAGUAACUGUUAAGUAUUAGAUAUAAACCGCUUUCCAUGUUUGAACAUUUAUUACCUCAACAAGUAAAUUAGAAAUAUACUCAUGUGGCAUUUAAAUCUAGCUGCACAGUGUGUUGAUGUUGACUCCAGCGGGACGGUUCAUGAUUCACUUGGUCUUUGUCUAACUGAAGACAUGGUUCAUGCAGUGCUACACUGCUCUCAAUUUCAUAUCCACAAUAAAGAUAUUGUUUCCAAAA